CGAUCCCAUCAUGCCCCUGGGCGACAGUUUCGUUUUUCUCUUCAGAGUGCGAGGUUUUGUGACUCAUCGACGUAGUGUCGCUUGAGGGAAGAAAGGGUCGGGAGCGGGGGUACAACUACGCAUUUCCUCCCAAACGUCACUUCCGGUCACCAUUUUGUGCCUGAGCCGGGUGAAGUCUGGAAGCGUCUGGGGCUCGGUGGUGUUGAGCCGGUCGGCUGCCAGCGCCGCCAUGACGGAUCGUUACACCAUCCACAGCCAGCUGGAGCACCUGCAGUCCAAGUACAUCGGCACGGGCCACGCGGACACCACCAAGUGGGAGUGGCUGGUGAACCAGCACCGCGACUCGUACUGCUCCUACAUGGGCCACUUCGACCUGCUCAACUACUUCGCCAUCGCCGAGAACGAGAGCAAGGCGCGCGUGCGCUUCAACCUCAUGGAGAAGAUGCUGCAGCCCUGCGGCCCGCCCGCCGACAAGCCGGAGGAGUCCUAGCGCCGCCCCUCCCUCUGCCCUUCCAGGGGAGCCCCCCUCUCCGUCCCGCCCCCCAAACUUUUGGACCCGACCCGGUUUCCCGAGAACUCGCCCCGCCCGCAGGGGAGCGAAGCCGGGAUGGAUUCGGGGCGGGGGCGGCUCUCGGGAGGAGCGAGAAGCUGCCGUCUCGACACCGCCGGGGGUGGGAGCCUGGGCUCGCCGUGCUGGACCCUGCUGUUUCUUCCCGCUCUCGGCCGCGAGUGAGCCCGGCAAACGUAUUGCUUCGCCGCCCCGCCUCUAGCAGCGACCGUGGCCCGGAAGGGAGCCGGGACUGUGCCAGACCCCGGGCGGGGGAACCUGGACCCGCCGCUUCCCGAGAUAGGGCCUAACUACGAGGAAGGCACGUGUCUUCGCGACCAGCCAGUGCGGGGCCCGCUGCUCCUGAGGGGACUCGAGGGACUCGGCCGCGAGCCCUUUCCUGUGGGGUAGCACUGUUUGCAACCCCAUGCCACACUUUGUUUAGCUAUACGGAUUUUUUAUUUGUAUGUGAAAUAAAAAUGCGUUGAGUGAUUUCAAA